AUUCGAGUUCGCAGCUACCGCGGCUCUCUGAAGUAAUCAGGCUGAAGGCUCCGGCGCCAAGCAUCUCUUUCUUGUCCCGUCUCGAUUGUCGCGAGCAACAGAAACUCGACGAUUCCUGUGUAACGAUAUUCUUCCGGUCGAUCGCUUUCGUUUCGGUUUCCUCCAUCGACCGUGAUCCGGCGCACUUUCCUCGGCUACGUGAUCCACUUGCCGAAGAAGCUACGUUACGUAAAAUUAUCGGGUCCCAGCGUGACCUAGAAUGUUGCGUUUAAUUCGCGACCAGACUCGCAAAUAUGGACUGAUGAUUAUGGACGUAAUCGGGAAUAUCUCGAUUCACCUGUAUGUACCUGUGUGUUAUUAAUUUGUUGAAUACGUAAUAAUUGAUGCGUUCCUUUGAGUACAACGGAAUUUAUUAGGUACACCAAUGACGUCGACAAUCUUUCACAUUUUUCAAGAUGAACUAGGUGGACAGACUUACAAUGUGAAUUGGAUUAAGCGUAGACAGCAGACCUGGUUCUGAUAUUUCGAAGGUCUGAUGAAGCUGACCGUGUGCUCGAGCCUCUAGAAUAGGGAUGGGCGAUGUUGUCUCGAUGCAUCGGUCUUCGAUAGAUAAUAGAUUAUUUUCGGCGAUGUUUUUUUAUUUCGAUUAAUCAAUUAUUCAAUGUUAUUAUUGUUCUUAUUCGUUUAAGAAAUAAUCAAUCAUGUGUAAUCGGUUAUCUGGACAAGCGAUUAUUCAAUAAUCGAUUGUUUUUCCCGACAUCGCCCAUCCCUACUCUAGAAGCUGCUCAUCUACGCACCCCGUUUGUGAUAUCUGUCCAAUCGGAAUUACGUAAACGUCGUGGCGGAUAAUUGCGUAACUCUGCCUGCCUAGGUAUGAUCGAACCCAAUGUGUGGCAAGGUUGCGCAAUAGGGAAAAUUACGUGUAACGCGUCUCCAACGGUUUACGGUCGAUGGCUAACAAUUAGCGGACAGCUCUAUUCGUAGAACGAAUUAGCGGUACCAGCGUAUCUUCUUUGAUGAUGACACUCUACAAUUCCUGACAAUCCCAGAGAUGUUUCGAUUCAAUAUCGAGAGAACAUUAAAUGCGAAAGCUAGGAGGAGGAGGAGGGACGAGUGAACUUGCGUAUUCUGUUGGAAAGUCUUCUGAUGAGCAUGGAUGUAACGACACUGGUCUAGUCAUUAAUUGAUGAAGGCUGUUGAAUUGUUGCAAACCGGUGACGAAAACGUCGACUUCGAAAGGAAAGCCACUUGACAAUGCCUGUCGUGCUCGUUGAGAGAGACGUGCCAGGAAAGAAAGAGAGAAAGAGGCGCGGUUCACGCGUCAACAUGGUGUUCGCGAACCAGGAGGUAGAGCCUCCUGGUGACCUUGACGAAAUACCAGUUGGGGGUGGUACAAAGCAGUGGUAUAAAGGCUUUUGCUUUUCGAUUCGGAAACAGAUCCCUCAAGUCUUUUCUGCGGUUUUGAGUACUACUCUCGACGCUAAACCACUCAACAUGUUCAAGCUGUGCAUCCUUGCCGUUCUCUUGGCCACCGUUUCCGCCGCGCCUGCACCUACUCCGGGAGCAGUCCUGGCGGCACCCGCGGCAGCAAUCGCGGCGGUACCAGCGCCGAUCGUGACGGCCAGUAGCAGUCAAGUAGUCGCUAGGAAUUACAACACGCUUGCUGCAGCUCCCCUGGCCAUUGCAGCUCCCCUGAACGCGGCGGCACCCUUCACUGUGGCGGCUCCUCUGGCUGCUGCUGCUCCUUUGGCUGCUGCUGCUCCUCUGGCUGCUGCUCCAGUUGCAUAUGCCACGGCUCCUUUCGCAGCUUAUGGCACUCAUGCCGUUGCACCUGCCGCGUACACCGCCUAUUCCGCACCUGUCCUAUUGUAAAUUUGUCACAGAUCAACUCUAUCUGGAUCUCCAUCAUAGACAAAUUGACAGACGCGGUGAUUGGGUAGAGACCCAUCCUUACGGCACACGUUAAGUUUGUACAUUAUUAAUCCAAUAAAAAUCUAAUUUUUCCACGUCAA